AUGGAGCCCCGAACUUUUGAAUUGGACGCCAAUCUACCGCCAGCCCCACAAGACAUCAGCGAUUUCGAAGAAUUUAAAAAAAUACCCGUGCAUGCCUUGUCUUCAUAUCGGGUCUCUCAAAAAAAGCCCAGUGAUAUUACCGAUGCCCGGAUUCAACGAUAUAUCAGACCGUCUCGCAUAAGUUCCGUCGACUCCGAACUGGAACUACGGGACUGGCCGAGAACGAGAGUAAGUUGUGCCAGAGGCGAAGAUGCUUAAUCCUGGAGAAUUUUAUUUUAAUUCCGCUUUAGACACCCACCAAAAAGUCCGCCCAGGACGAAAGGAUCUUGUCGCAUCAUGAAAUGGGCGCUAACGACCUGUCUUCCGAUAAUAUUGUUAAUGGCCGGCCGGGCCCGAGCACGCGGGUUGCCACCCUAAGCCGCCCAGGAAUUAAAAAGGUGAGUACUCUCGGCUAUUAG